UUUAUUUUCAAUAAUCUUCAUCGGCAUAGCUAUCCCUUUCUUUAAAAAACAUACUUUAAUUUUGAUAAAAUGACGAGAAAUUCCCCUUCAGCAUAUUUAAUUAUCAUAUUUCUUUCAACUCUGGAUCAUCUCGAAAACUUCUUUUUAAUCACACCUUAGUUUCACGUCAGCAUAAAUCGUGAUGAAUUUAAAUACGUCAAACUGUCAAAAACUUGUAGACGAUUUAAAGUUUAUAUGGAUUGAACAUGAGUUGGGACCUAAAAGAAUGUCAGUUACCCGACAAAUCUUAAUUGGAGUUGUUUACACAGCCAUUUUUUGUACCGGUUUGCUCGGAAACUUAGCUACGUGUAUUGUUAUUGUGCGCACUUCUUUCAUGCAUACAAGAACAAAUUGCUAUUUGUUCAGUUUAGCUAUCAGUGAUCUGUUAUUAUUAAUUUUUGGUCUACCUUUUGAACUUCAAUCAGUUGUGAAUGAAUCGUAUCCAUGGAGAAUGGGGACAGUUUUCUGUCGAUUUAGGAUCUUCCUAACUGAACUCUGUCCAUUAGUGAGCAUACUGAUAUUAACCAUAUUCAGUGCCGAACGAUACUUAUCAAUCUGUCAUCCAUUUAGAAAAAUGUUACGAUUUUCUCAGUACGAUGCUGGGCAUUCAUGUAACCGUACGUAUGUUCGUAAUGUCAGCUGUAAUACUUAUCUAAGCAGUGAAAGAAUAUCGAAAAAAAGAAGUGCACGAAAGGGAAGUGGUACACGACUAAACUGUUCAGUUGAUCAGUCCCAAUACAGGCGAGGUCACACAUCAUAUGCAGUCCAAAUCAGUGCGCUUAAAUCAUGUUUCCUACUAAUCUUUUGCGUCUGGGUUUUAGCAGGUUGCUGUGCCAUAGUGAUUGCCGGAUUGUCAAAGGUGUUUUAUGCUGUUUAUCUACCUACAAUAGACACAUUCGUCAACAGUACAUGCAGUGAUCAACAAUGUAUAUCAUAUAUCAAUUCCGAACAAUCAGCUGAUUGCCUACAAAAUGGUGAAAUGUGGGUGCCCGGAGAAGCUCUAUCUGAUUCAGCUGUAUGUGCACCCUCAAAAGAUUCAGAAUGGGCUGCAUAUAUGAGUAUUCCAGUUGUUCUACAAUUGUGGACAUUUUUAUUCUUUUUCACACCAAUGGUUAUAAUGUCUGUUUUGUACGGUCUAAUCGCAAUCCAACUGAAUCGAUCAAGUCUAAGUCUUCGUGCCCCAAGUAGGUUUAAUCUUCGAAAGAAUCAAACAACUGGUGGCAAAUUCAGAGUUCAUUCGUCCAGUAACGGAAGAAGAAGUAUUGUUAGAAUGCUUGUGGCUAUAGUUGUCGCGUUUUUCAUCUGUUGGGCACCAUUCCAUUUACAACGUGUCCUUACUUCUGCGAAUGUUCAGAUGACUUGGUUUUUUAUCGACUUCCUUUUCUAUGUAUCCGGAUUUCUGUAUUAUAUGAGUGCAACAGUAAACCCUAUCCUGUACAGCCUAAUGUCUGCUAGAUUUAGACGUGCAUUUUACUCUACAUUUAAAAUAAAACGGACAAGACGGGAAAAUUCAACAUGCAGACAUCCUACAGUUUCAACCGGCAUCAUUAGAACAAACAAUAAUACUGAUAAACUUAAUCAAACGGAAAGUGGACAACAGCAUACAAUUGAGAAUACUUCUUUACUUCAACGAUCUAACGAUGAAUAUAUUCAUUCUGUUGAUAAGAAACGUGAAAUGAUAGCUUAGUCGUAAAAAACUGAUUUGCAGCAUAGUUAAACAGUUUUCAUUAAAGUGUACAUAAUCAAACUAAGUUGUUCAUUUACCUGAUUUAAUUAACGUUUAUUUCCAGUGUUUGUAGUUUUUGAACGACUAGAACUGUAAGCCCUGAUACUUGAUUGCCUCUUCUGUCAUUUGAGGCUAAAUGGAUUUGGU